UUGCGUUGUUGCAGUCGCUGCGCAGGCUCGCAUCGAUCUUACUUGCUCAGCUGAUACAUUUGCUGCUGCAUUUCGCAGUUCUGCUCCGCUUGCAACGCAUAUAAGGAAUACGUAACAAGCAUGUUUUUCUGACAUUUCAAGUGUAAUCUUGCCUUUGCAGUGUGCAAUUAUCAUUAUCGUUGCCAUUUCGUAUCUGUGUCGGUAUAUUUGAUAAUUGUCUUCCUGUAGAAAAAAUUGUUUACGCAUGCGUUCUUCAACUUGUGUCAAGAACUGAACUCAAUAUCUUGAAGAAGUGCUCUGAAUUGUACAGGAUGUAGCCAAUAAUAUCGAUAUGGCGUGAAAUUUUUCGACACGCGCCGGUCGAGAAGUACACGAAGAAAUACGGUCGUAGAUGGUGAAAAACGAACGGCAUGUCUUCCGAAGAAAAACCAUGAGAACUUCCUCGCCCUCCUCCAGCACGAGUUCCGUGUACACCAGCGCCGAUGACGCACGUCGGUGCACCGGCUAUGAGAGGAGCCAGUUCCUCGACUUGGAGGAUGUCGGGACUACCUGGCUCCUCGGUUCGCAUUCCUCGCACGAUAGAUCUAAACGAAUACUCGAGAGAUUUAAAAUAGACAAAUCACGCUUUCGCGUACAUCAUGUGAUCAUAAUUGGUGCCAUCGUAGCUGCACUGAUAAUCGCCAUAAUCAUCGGCCUAAGUGCGUACGCACGUAACAGCACGUCUGAUUCACAAGAUGAUGAGUUUUUGGUGCCGCCCGAUCCAGAAAGCUUCCAGCCACCGACGUGGAGUAAGUUAAGAACUUUCAAACGCGGUGCUGUUUGCGCGGACGGAGCACCAUGCGCUGUUAUCGGCAAGUCAAUUCUAGAACGGAACGGAUCGGCAGUGGAUGCUGCGCUAGCAGCGCUAAUAUGCAACGGACUCGUGAACAUGCAGAGUCUGGGUCUCGGUGGUGGAUUUUUGAUGACUAUUUAUCAAAGAUCCACACGCCAGACCUUCGUUCUCAAUGCAAGGGACCGCGCACCUUUGGCAGCAAAUUUUACGAUGUAUACUGACAAACCCGCAAAUGCAUCUAGAUUCGGUGCACUGGCAGUCGCCGUACCCGGUGAAUUGGCUGGUUACUGGGAAGCUCAUCAACAAUUCGGUAAAUUGCCGUGGGCGGAUUUGUUCAAACCGAGCAUCGACCUCUGUGAAAAGGGCUAUGUUCUAACAUUAGUACAGUAUGACGGACUUUUAUAUAAUAAGAAGAGCAUUUACAAUGAUCCAACUUUGAGAGAACUGUUUGUCGAUCCUGCAACUAACGAGUUUCGUAAACUAGGUUCCGUGAUUAAACCCCACAUGCUUUGCGAAACGUUACGUACUGUCGCUAAGAAAAACGCAACCGAAUUUUAUAACGGUACGAUUGGACGACUUCUCGUCGACGAUUUGCAAGAACAAGGAGGAAUUAUAACGAUGAAAGAUCUUAAUGAGUAUAGAGUUUCAUGGAAUCAACCAAUACAAACAAAUUUUUCGGGCGGGUUGAAACUCUUGACUACAGGAUUGCCUGGUAGCGGAGCUCUUCUCUCGUUUAUUCUCAACGUCUUCGAUGAUUACGGCUUCACGCCAGCCAGUAUAACUGACUUUAACGCAACAAUCCUCACAUAUCAUAGAAUGAUAGAGACUUUCAAGUACGCGUUCGCGUUAAGAACGAAGCUAGGUGACGGAACUUUCAUCGAUAUGACCGAGAUAAUCAGAAACCUAACAUCGAAGAGUUUCGCGCGCUCGAUACGAGAGAAAAUAGAUGAUACAAGAACGUGGCAGGAUCCACAACAUUAUGGCUUUCCUGCCUAUGCUAAUGUCGAAGACCAUGGUACCGCGCACGUGUCCGUGCUGACACAAAAUGGUGAUGCGGUAUCGGUUACCAGCACCAUCAACUUUUAUUUCGGAAGCGGAAUAGUCAGCAAAAGAACCGGCAUUUUGUUAAAUAACGGCAUGGACGACUUCAGCAUUCCGUCGCAGUUCAAUUACUUUGGUGUGCCGCCAAGCCCCAACAAUUAUAUCGCGCCCAAAAAGCAGCCGUUGUCCUCAAUGGUGCCAUCCGUUCUAGUCGAUCGGAACGGUGACGUCAAGAUGGUCAUGGGUGCUGCUGGUGGUACGAAAAUUACGACGGCAGUAUCGCAAGUGACAGCAAAGAUACUUUGGAUGGGGCAGACGGUCAAGGAGGCAGUGGACUCAGCGAGAAUACAUCACCAGCUAUUUCCGCCCAAGAUAUCUUACGAGUAUGGGGUCCCUAAACAAGUGAUCGACGGUCUGAAACGUUUGGGACACGUCACGCAACGCUACAAACUUCGCGGCAGCGUAGCUUGUGUCGUACUGUAUGAAAAUUCCACCAUUUUUGCGAACGCUGAUUAUCGCAAAGGUGGCGAUGUGUACGGAAUCAAUUGAUUCGCGUGCGUGAGUCACCUUCCGAUGAUCCAGCUAUCAUUUUGUAGCACAAGCCUUCUGCGAAAGAUAAUAGAUUUUGUUCAAACAAUGCCGAACAACAUCUCAUGAUUAUAACACGGAUGUAUGCGAUCAAUCUUGUUAUUGUUAUGGACGAGGUGUUCGUGUUUGAAAGAUCGAUAUGUCAGUAUUACCGUUCAAUACAAAACUUUUACACUUUCUCGCUCACUGGUCGCAUCUUGUUCUUACAUCGCUCUUCCUCUUUCCAACAUCUAUAUUAUCGCGAAUUUAUCUUCCCACGAAUUUUCAUAACAUUUAUGUAUACAAAGGCAAUGUAAGACACGAAAAUCAAGAAAUUUUUUUUUCACAGUUGAUAUACAUGUUUGUACGAUUCGAAUUCUCAGCACAGUUGUAUGACGCUCCAUGGACGUGAUGUUUAUUGAAAAUCUCUAGCCUUGCUGCGCUAUUUAUAGGCGUAAAGCCUCGAUAUCACUGCGAUUUAUUUUCUGUUUUAAACUAAUCGGAUCAUCUCUUUGGAUCACGUAUCAAAUAUUCCACUUAGGCCCGUUUUCACAAUAUAUGGUUACCUAAAGAUUAAAGGUUACCAACAGAUUUAUCAAUGAAAUUCAUUCAUGAAUUUCUUGGUUACCUUUAAUCUUUAGAUGACCAUAUAAUGUGAAAUCGAGCUUUAAAUGUCAUCUGCACAUCCCAAUCUCUGCGAAUUCUCUCAUGUUCUAUAAUAAUUUUUUAAAUAAUCUUGUUAUUGAAUAAAACUGAAUUUUAAUAAUAGAUGUAAAGUGAUACACUAUUUUGACGACAGCAUUUUGCCAGAGGGAAAUUAUUUUUCGUAUUCUUGUUAACAUACGUCACUGCACGUCUCUCUUUCUAAUCUUCUUGCUUCAGAGUUUCCUACAACGCCAAAGCGACGCUUGGGAAGCGUCGUGCAAAUAUAAGGCAUUGCAUUAGCAAUUCCCCUUCUACACUUCAACAAAACCUGUUUCGUCCGAAGCCGUCCGGGAGGAUUCUCUCGAUUAGUUAAGAGCAGAUCGGGGGGCUGACUUAAUGCCAGCCAUCAGGAUCAAAUCGAUUAACGGUACUACGUAUCCAAUUUCCUUUCGUCUGGUCGUCGCCAAAUUCGUUGUUCGAAUUCGAUCGACGAUUUCCUUCACGCACUUUUAUAAAUGCCAAAAAUGAGAAGGAGAAAGAAAGAAGAAGCUGCAUGGCCAAACUUUGUCAUCUGCUGACUUAGCGGAGAUAGCACAUUCUAUAAGCUAUAAUUAAAUGUCGCCUCAUGUCAGCGAAAGGAGUGCACGAAAACGAGCACGUAUUUCGUGCUUCUAGUCGAGAUAAUCCAUCGAUAUUUCCUAUCAAUGUUCAGCCUUGAAAAUAAGAUGCGCCGUGAAAGAAAAAAGAAACUGAUAUUUUAAGUACAAACGAUUAUAUGCAAACGCGAUAUUUAAUUAUAAAUUAUAACAUCAACGCAACGUUAUAAUAU